AGUUCUAACACUAGAAUUUUGUUGUCGCUUUCUCUCAAUCUCUACCAUUGUUGCUUGUUCUUCAGCCGAUUAAGAUUAUCUUUUUGUUUCUAGAUUGAAAGAAGCAAUGAUGAAACCCCCUUCGACAUCGGGUUCACCGAAGAACCCAGUGAAGUUCAGACUUCCAACAGCCGAGAAUCUUGUACCUAUCCGUCUUGACAUCGAAAUUGAUGGUAAAAAAUUUAAAGAUGCUUUUACUUGGAACGCAAGUGAUCCUGACUCAGAGGUGUUUGCGUUUGCGAGGAGAACUGUAAAGGAUUUGAAACUUCCUACUGCUUUUGCCUUUCAGAUUGCUCAAUCCAUCCAGUCCCAAUUGUUAGAAUUUCGGUCAUACGAAGGAAAAGAUAUGCACACUGGCGAGAAAGUUGUUCCUAUCAAGGACAUGAACAAUUUUGAGGGUGAUCCUGAAGAAUUUGCACGGACAUUUUGUGAAGAUAUGAAAAUUGAAGACCCAGAAGUUGGACCUGCAAUUGCCAUAGCAAUUAGAGAACAACUUUAUGAGAUUGCGAAGCAAGGUGUUGCAUUCAUGAGAGAAAGCAGGACAAAUAAGAAAGGACGCAAAGGAAUGGAACACCUCUCAGCCAGUAAAGUAGGUUCGCCUGCACUGGACCUGGGGAAGCUAUUCGACCCUGAAGGAAGUAUCCAACGGAAAAUGAGUGAACGGGAUGCAUAUGGACCAGUAGUCGAUCACCUGUCAAAGGAAGAGGUGGAUGCCCUCGAGGCUAGAGAAGAGAGGCUUCCUCGGUGAUGCAGACAGUGUCUGUUGAAAUGGAUAUCAGCAGUUUAAAUGAGAAACUGUUUUAAGUUUUAGAAUGAUGAAAUGAAACUAGUUCCUAGUAAAAGUAUAACUAAAAUCCGGUGUUUUAGAUAAUGUUCAGAUUUUUGCAGUGAUCUGGAGAUCACAGUUACUUCUGUUUGUCAAAAGAAAAUAUGGAACAGUACCUGUUUCUCUACUUCUAUGGAUUUUUUGGAUUACAAAAAGGUUGAAACAAAUUUGUUGAUGGACUAGGACAGGUGUGUAUUGUGCCGUCAAUGGGUUCGCGAGUUCAUUGAAGAAAACUUUCAACAACUGUUGAUCUAUAUUUAUUGUUGAUCUGUAUUUAUUUUUAAACGCAUGUACUCAUUUUUCACUCAUGCUUAUUUUUAAUGAUGUUUGAGUUUUUUCGAUCAA